AUGGCUAUCGUGCUGGAGGAGGUGUCCACGUUCACCUUCCUGGGCACCUCCUACUACGCGAUGGCCAUGUGCCUCUUCGCGCUGCUGCUCGAGGGCGUCCGCUCUUCCGCCAUGUGGACGGUGAAGAUGCGGGUGCUGAACUCCCGGUGGCGGUUACUCAGCUACGGGACGAUCUUCACAUCAAUGCAGCAGUUCUGUUGCGCAUUGUCCCCGUUUCUCUGCGAGUUCAUCGCGAGGAGGCACGGGGCAUCCUUCCUGACGACCAACCAGAAGGAGCUGGCGGACGCCAUCGUGGUGUCUCUGGCCCCCAUCGGGAUCCUACAGUUUUUUGCUCAGGCGCUCGCCCUUCCCUUCGUGCAGAAGGAGUUCGGCAUGACUGUUCAGAGCAACCGGGGCUACAGCAACACGCUGGUGAUGCGGCUCUUCCGGAGGAGCCCGCUGGCCACUUCCUUAGCAACUGGCGGGCUUUUGGCAUUGGGUUUAUGGCUGGUGCAGCGUUCCCUCGUCGGCAGGCGCCCGCCCUUCACACCAUACCACCGCUGCUCCGAGAGGCACACGUGUAAGGUGCUCGAGACGCGGCAGAACACUAACUUUGCCAAAUCGGGCGGCAGUGGUUUCGGCCAAAAUGAAUACGGCCAGUACACCACCGGGAAGUUCAACUGCCGCCUUCGCGCGCACGACCACGUGCAGGAGCUUGCUUUGAUUGCAAGAUGCAUGACGUCCAUGAUCUGGAGCAAGAGCUCUGUGCUGACGAACACGGCAGGGCUGCUGCGGCAGCGCCUCAAGUCACCAAAGGGCCUGUGGCGUCCAAGCUAUAGGGUGACUACAGGCCACGACCUGUUCAAAGGCACCGUGGCGCUCGCAGGCACUGUGCAGGCGCUGUUGUAG